AUGGGAUGGUUCAUUGAUCGUCACCUCUACUACCUGCAUUCGGAGGAAUACGUCUCGUUUUUGACGCUGAUCCACUUGUGCUGCAUGGUCUUGACUGGCUAUGGCGUCGUGCAUCACUCCGCUGACCUGAAUGAAAUCCAGAACAACGUUUGGGCAAUAUGUCUGUCGUCGUUUGGUUUCCUGUGCAAUCUGUGCGCAAUCAGAGGCGGGCCGAACUUCUUCUACUGGUACCUCCCACUCACGGUGCUCCUGAGUUUGGCGCUCUUCUUCAUCCUAUCGGCAUACCACGGCUUGUUGAUGGUUUAUAUGGUUCACCUGCCGCUGGUGUCUUUCACGUUGACCGGAGUUCCUUGCAUUCUCAUGGUGGCAGUAAGCAUGGGGGCGCUGGUUCUGGGAAUCGCAUUUCACACGGUUCUUGUUUCUGCACUCUACUCGGAGUUUCACGGCCAUUCGUCCGGGGGGUUCAUGCGGAAUGUGACUGCGUGGUUGAGGCCACCAACGGCGCGGGGCUUCACAAUAGUGAUGCUGGACGCGUAUAUCGUCUUGAUUCAGAUCGUAAUAGGAAUAUUUUGCUACCAGCGCUAUGUGAAGUUAGGUCAGCUGAUUGCCGCAUACCGCCUGAACCCAGCAAGAUACCUGGGCUCAUUCAGCUCCAUCGACGAACUCGAGGAUGACUUCCUGCCGCCUGAAAACCCUUCGGCGGACAAUAGUGCGACCCCAGUGAAGAAGUUGAGCAUCCCCAUGCACCACUGCCCUCCAGAAGAAGCCGAAAGUGCGCAGAACUCUGACGCUGAUUGGUCGAAGUUUGAACAAAGCAAUCUGAUGCAUGGCAAGCGCCGCGUUUCUGUGGAACACAUUGAGCCUUUGCACUUCCAGAACCUCAUUCGCCAUGGGCCCCCUCACGUCAUUUCGGAGUCCGACGGGGCGAACCAAAGCAGCCCCUUUAACAUGGACUUGGAGGAGAUUAGGAAACACUACAAACCGAAGCCAGGCGGUUACAUCGAGUCGCUGCUGCAAUCUCAUUACGCUGGUGAUGGUUCUCGUAAGAAAGUGACUCUAAACCGCACAGAGCCGGCUGCGGGUGGGAGCCCUGUCGAAUCUACGCCAACCGCGUCUCAGAAGACCCGCAACGUGACGUGGGAGAAGCGGGAUUCAACGCAAUCAAACGAAAUCCCGGUUGUAGAGGAAGAUAAAACUGACACAGUGAUACCGGAACAAGAGGGGCGCGAAUACUCCACCGUGCGUUCCGCUGAGUCAGCUACCAAACACCGCUUAUCUUUUCAAAGCUCCAAGACCACCUUCGCCUCAGGUUCAGUUGAUGGAGAACAGGAAAACCGGUCGUAUGUCAUAACGGCAUUGAAAACGUUGCGGCAGUUUUCGCUCUCUUCGCAUGGCGCCAUAACACCCGAUAAUGGCGUCGUGUUCGGGCGCAAGAAUGACAGCAAAUCGUGGCGCAACUCGUAUGACGAGUUGCGUAGUAUGACUAGGAGCCUUCAAUUGGACCCGGCGUUAUCGUAUGGUGCUGAAAAGUCGUUGGCUAACUGCCAGGUGGAUGGCAUGCGUAUAGGCUCGUUUGAAGGCGCCGGCUAUACACAGCGCACUCACCGGGUGCCGCACGAAGCUGUGCGUUUUCAAGAUGGCCACGCGCGGGUGCUCUCGCCUAUAAACCUGCGUACUUCUGCGUGUUUGAGUCAAAUGAGCUGGUCGCACUCCGAUGCGAGCUUCGCGCACCCGACGACGUCGAAUGCAACGCUGAAUGCUCUAAUUCGGGUGAUGCCCAAUUGCGGCUAUCGUGUGAUUGUGGCCGCUAUUCGGAUGGUGCAUCGCAUGAGCAACAUACGCGAGUUGAUCGCCCACUAUACCUGGACUCAGCCACCGAACAUGCCAGGCAUCAACGGCGUUGGAUUCUUUGCGCACACGCGUAUCGAAAGCUGGUAUGUAGACUGGAUGCACGAAUUCAACAUGACCUUCUACAAGUGUACGAUCAAUGAGACGAUGCUGAUAUUCGUGUUGGCGAUGUUGUCGGAUAUCUUGGUGGUCGUGCGCUUGUACAACACAUUGGAGGUGGGGCCUGCGGCGGAUGAUUUCUUUUCCACCCUGCGUAUAGUGCUUCUAACGCUGCGGUAUGUGGCGUACCCGGCGGGUAUGAUGUUCUCGUUGUGCCACCUAAAGGCAAAGGGGGUCACGAAGAACGCGGUGUUCUACAAUCGGUCCUUGGUGAUGCUCUGUUUGGGCAACAUGAUCUUGACUUUCAUCGACUUAUGGUCAUGCCUCGAUAUUUUCAAAGCUGGAUUUGCGCUUCAUAAUUCGCUCUACGCAUGCAGUGCGAUGACAACGACAAGUUUGAUGUUGUUCACCCGCCCUCCGAUCCUGCUCGGCCUAUUCGGGAUUAGCGUUUUUAGUUACGGGUGUUUACUAUAUCUGGCUGGGAAUACCGUUGGUUGGUGUAUUUUGGAGCUGGUUAGCCAGUUGGUGGUUGCGGCAGGUUGUUUGAUGUUCUUCGUACGCCCGAUUGACACAAACAGGCGGAAGCUCUUUUGCCUUUACACACUCCCAUAUCUUUUUUACCUCGAGGCUAUGCGUUCUUGA